CAGAACGAUACAUAAUGACAGAUGACCAAACUAACAACUUUGCCCACUUUGGUGCGGGGCACAACCUUAAUGAUGUCAUUGUGAUGAGCGAUGUACAAUGCAAUGGAGAUGAGCACCAUCUAUCUGAAUGCUCCUAUAAUCAUGGACUGAACAUAUCUUGUGAAGGACACAAGCGGGUGACUGUAUUUUGUGAACUAAGAAUAGAAACUUUGAAAAAGAAAAUCAACAGGAUCAAAAUUGAGGAAACUUUAAUAACAGUCGGAAAGUUAGAACCGAGGUAUUUCUGUGUCGACAAGAUACACGCUACAGGUAUAAUGUAUGCAGUUUGCCGUCAAAAGUCACAACAAAUUAAAGAUAUUCGUCUGAUGAAUCUGUCUGUGCUAAGUAGAUCGGAACCAGCUUUCAUAGCAGCUGACUGUCGUGGUGGUGAGGAAAGCAUUUUAGAAUGUAAUUCACAUUUGGUUCCUGUUUGCACUAGGAGUUUAGCUAUUGUAAAAUGCAUGCAUUAAAAGAUAUUCCAUCUUACACCGAAACAUCUUCUAUAUUGACAAAGUUCAUAUAUAGCUUAACAUUUAAUAUACUGUGAUAAGUGCUAUUCAAUUAGUAUCCCAGACAGGUUGCUCUGGGCACACAAUUUCCCCUCUAUGAAGAAAUAUGAAGAAUAGAAACACUAACUGUUGUUUGAGUGUGAUGCAUAAAUCUUUAUUUGCUCAGCAUAAUGUCAACUUUAUGAUGUGUGAGCACCAUGUUGAAAACUGAAUAAUGACACCAUAGUAUUCCAUGGUCGAUCAUGAUCGGCAACUCUGACCAUGGUGGCAAUGAUAAUGCCUCCUCAGUUUUGACCAUGGUAUACUAUACCAUGGUUGAAUAUAUAAGCACAAGUGCCAAAGGGAAAGGACCAAAAGUUGUAAUGGAACUUAGCAAGAAAAGGCAAACUCUAAGUGCAUACCAGUCCAAGUUGACUAUCAAAAACCAUGGUAUUUCAUUGCCAAAAUUAUGACUGUC